AUGGACAUGAAGGGAUAUUAUUCAGUUUCCUUGACAAAAAAACACAUGAAAGAGUCUUUUUUUUCACCUCAAUUCACAACAAGACAACACCAAUGCAAACAAGAAAAUCAUCUUGUCUCAGAACAAACAAUCCUAUUUUGUCACACCCCAUUCUCUCAAACUCAACUUCAUCACAAUUAAUCUCUCACACCAACAAUGUUAACCAAACUUUUAGACCAGAUUUCGCAUUGCGUAACUUGAACAGAAUCAGAGCUCACUUGAAGAAGAUCAACAAGCCUCCCGUCAAGACAAUUAAGAGUCCAGAUGGAGAUUUGAUAGAUUGUAUUAUAUCUCAUCAACAACCAGCUUUUGACCAUCCAAAACUCAAAGGACAAAAACCAUUGGAUCCACCAGAAAGGCCAAAAGGGUACAACAACAACAAUGGAGAAAAUGCAACAUAUAACUUUCAGCUUUGGACUGAUUCUGGUGAAACAUGUCCUCAAGGAACUGUUCCAAUCAGAAGAACAACAGAACAAGAUUUUCUAAGAGCAAGUUCUGUUAGAAGAUUUGGAAGAAAACCAAGAGGUGUUCGGAGAGACUCAUCAGGGUCUGGUCAUGAGCAUGCAGUUGUUUUUGUAAAUGGUGAACAAUACUAUGGCGCAAAAGCAAAUAUAAAUGUUUGGACACCAAGAGUAACAGAUCAAUAUGAAUUCAGCUUGUCACAAAUUUGGGUUAUUGCUGGAUCAUUUGGUAAUGAUCUUAAUACAAUAGAAGCUGGAUGGCAGGUUAGUCCUGAGUUAUAUGGUGACAAUUAUCCAAGAUUCUUCACUUAUUGGACUACGGACGCGUAUCAAGCAACUGGAUGCUACAAUUUACUAUGUUCGGGAUUUAUACAAACAAACAACAGGAUUGCUAUAGGAGCUGCAAUCUCUCCAAGAUCAAUAUAUAAUGGAAGACAGUUUGAUAUUGGCUUAAUGGUUUGGAAAGAUCCAAAGCAUGGACAUUGGUGGCUUGAAUUUGGAUCAGGUCUACUAGUUGGAUAUUGGCCAGCAAACAUAUUUAGUCAUUUGAGAAAUCAUGCAAGCAUGGUACAAUUUGGAGGAGAAAUCGUGAACUCGCGGUCAAGAGGGUACCACACCGGAACUCAAAUGGGAAGUGGACAUUUUUCAGGAGAAGGUUUUAGAAAAGCAGCUUAUUUUAGAAACUUACAAGUAGUUGAUUGGGAUAAUAACUUGCUUCCUUUAUCAAAUAUUCACCAAUUAUCUGAUCAUUCAAAUUGCUAUGAUAUUAAAGAAGGAAGAAACAAUGUUUGGGGUACUUACUUUUAUUAUGGAGGUCCCGGAAGAAAUGUGAGAUGUCCAUGA